UAAUUUCACGAACAUGGUCUCAUAUUUCCCUUUAGUUGCUCUGCUACCACGCAUCUUCUCUCUUUCUCUCUCCUCCCCAGUAAUCUUUCACCCUUCAAAAACCCCAAUUAAGUAUUUGACAGAUUGAAUCCUUUUUGACACGGAGGAUGUUCUUCUAGAUCUAUAGCCUCGCCUGUAGCCUGAGAGUAUAUUAGUGCUAACUGUAAACUUCAUGUGACACGUAUGAGCUCUGGCAUGAAGUUGCUGAAAAUCUUAUGCUUAAUCUGAAAAGUCAAGAUUUCAAGAAGAAGAUUCGAUCAAGGCCAUUCCUUUUUUUUUUCCAAGACAACACUUAAUGGGGAUUUUAUAUUUCACUUUUGUUUCUGCUUCUCUGAUAUUCAGUUUCUUCACAGCCCAUACUGACCCUUAACCAAUCCUGUGAUCAAAAUUUUAAUACUCAGAAACAUUGUAACACACUGAUGAUUGCACCAUCUUUUGUCUAGGGUCUCAAUGGAGGCAGCUCGUUGACUCUCCUCCUAUUUAUGGCUUAUGAUUUCUUCACAACCCCCAAUAGUAUAUGUCCUGGGUGUACAAAUGUUGGUUAACACUUAGCAAUCAUCUUCUUCGAAGGCAUUGAGGUAGGAUAACGUGCUCGGCAGACAAGUGGUGUUCAACUACUGCAUGGAAAAACGGAAAGGACAAACCAAUUCAAGGGAGAAAUGGGUUCGAGCUUCACCGACCAUGGAUAAAGUCUAUCCAACAUCGGCUACUGAUGAGUUUCCAUCAGGGAACACUUGCCGUAUCUGCUUGGAAAACCGCGGUUGUCAUACAGUUCUCUCAAGAACAAAACUAAUGACUAAGUUAGUGAAAAGGAAGAAACCUGAAGAAGUUUUUUCCAUAUAUGAAAGCUUGACGGAAGAAGGACAUAGGCCAACUCUUGUGACGUACACAACACUCUUAGCUGCCCUUACUGCCCAGAAGAAGAUCAAGUCAAUUCCUUCUCUCAUUUCAAUGGUGGAGGAGAAGGGAAUGAAACCUGACUCUAUAUUCUUCAAUGCGGCCAUAAAUGCUUAUUGUGAAGCAGGUGACAUGAAAGGAGCAAUGAGAAUAUUCUACAAGAUGAAGCAAAAUGGGUGUAAACCCACUAUCAGUACUUUUAAUACAUUGAUAAAAGGAUAUGGCCUUGUUAGGAAGCCUGAAGAAUCAUUGAAGUUACUUGAGCUAAUGUCAGAAGAAGAAAAUGUCAAACCAAAUGACAUGACUUACAAUAUUUUAGUCCGAGCGUGGUGCAAGAAGAACAUUUAUGAAGCAUGGAAUAUAGUGUAUAAAAUGGUGGCCGCAGGUCUACGACCUGAUGUUGUCACCUACAACACAUUAGCAAGGGCUUAUGCAGAGAGUGGGGAGACUAAUAAAGCUGAAGCAAUGAUACAUGAAAUGCAGAAGAAUAAAAUUGAGCCUAACGAACGGACAUGUGGUAUCAUCAUCAGUGGAUAUUGUACUGAAGGAAAUAUGGCUGAUGCAUUACGAUUUCUCUAUCGGAUGAGGGAUCUUGGGGUGGUCCCCAAUCUUGUCGUGUUUAAUUCCCUUAUCAAAGGAUUUUUGGACACUAUGGACACUGAUAGUGUUGAUGAGGCAUUGAAUUUGAUGGAAGAUUUUGGGAUCAAACCAGAUGUAGUAACAUUUAGCACAAUCAUGAAUGCAUGGAGUUCAGCAGGACUUAUGUCAAAAUGCCAGAAUAUGUUUGACGAUAUGGCAAAGUCUGGCAUACAACCUGAUAUCCAUGCAUACAGCAUACUUGCAAAAGGCUAUGUGCGUGCUGGUGAACCUGAUAAAGCAGAAGCACUGUUGAUGUCUAUGAAUGAAUCAGGUGUCCAUCCGAAUGUUGUAAUAUUCACUACUGUUAUCAGUGGUUGGUGCAGUGUAGGGAAGAUGGAAUAUGCUAUGAGAGUUUACGAGAAGAUGAAUGAGAUGGGGGUUUCCCCAAAUUUGAAAACCUAUGAAACUUUGAUAUGGGGUUUUGGGGAAGCUAAACAGCCCUGGAAAGCAGAGGAAUUGCUUCAGACCAUGGAAAACACUGGAGUCUUUCCUGAUGACAGCACUAUCCAACUUGUUGCAGAUGCUUGGCGUUCUAUUGGCUUAAUAAAUGAAGCCAACAGAGUCAUAAAACACGACAUAAUGGAAAAGGAUCAAGGAGUUGAGAAACCCGUGGAAAGUUUGGAGAGGAUAUAUCAAAAUCAAAAUAAUAAUGGGGAUACACCUGGUUUCUUUGCAGCAACUGACCAAAAAGGAGCAGCUGCUGCAAGUAGGAUAAACGAGAUGUUUCCAAGUAAAAACAGAAAAUGGGUAAGGAAUGUAUCAGCAGGCAGAAACAUCACAUCUUUUGUUCGCAGAUGUGGAUUUGGCGUGAGACAGUACUUUGUAUGCCGGAAGGUGUUUCUCAGUGAGAUAAAAAUAUCAGGGAAGCUUGUAUAUUCGUGUAAAGCAGUGAUCUAGAAUUGUAAAUCCAUGGUCAGAGUCAGUUGGCUUAACUUUGUCUGUGAUGAUUCUUGUCAGAUCAAAACUUCAGCUCUCUUGAAUCUGGAACAAUAUCUUGGUAAAUACUCAGAAAGGAUGUCUUGUAUGGUUCAUUAGCAAGAUCAAAGGAAGCUGAUUAUUCUGGCAUCAGUUGAUUCCACAUAUUAGCUGCACAAACUCAUGUAAACAGAAAAAACAGUUCAAAUUCAGAUGUGAAUCAACUUUCCGAUUAUUGUAAUUAGUGAAUAUUGAAUACUACUGUAAUUAGUGAAUACGGAGUAUAAGUUGUUGCAUAUUAAUCUCUCUUUUUACGCAGUAUCUAUACUAUAUAUUAAACAAUA